AUGAGAAAAAAUAAACCAACUUAAAAAAUAAUUGUAAAUCGUGGUAUUUCUCAAUUAAGAAAUGGUUCAGAUUAGGAGGAGACUGAAUAAUUACCUAUAAUAAAGCCCAAGUCAGUAGUAAGGAGUUCAAAAAAAAACUUUGAGAUAAAGAAAGUUAGAAUAAAAGUAGCCAUUUCUGAUGACAAAUUGGAAAUUAACAAUAAAUAAAAUAAAUUAAAUCCAUUAAAGUCGGAUGAAUCUCCUCCAUUGAGUGAUAGGAAUCAAUCUCCUUAAUCGAAUGCUAAGAAAGUAAAAGAGGAUAAUAAUAGAUCGGUAUUAAGUAUCUAUAAAGUAAUUUAUGUUUUAGAGAAAUCCAUUCAUCAAUAAUAUGAGAUUGAUGAUACUUUAGAAGACAAUUUAGAGAGUUAUGUAAAAAUAUAUCACUCAAUUGUGAGUUUGAUGGAUGCAAUGAGAAAAGUAAUAGAUAAUUAAUUAUAAUUUAUUAGAACGUAAGUGAUUAAGUGGAUUAGAUAAAUAGAUUUUUAGAAUUCAUAGAUGGAGUCCAUUUUUGUCAGAUUGAAAAGCUUUUGGUUGAGAAUACAAGAUAAUUUAGACAGAUUUUAAUAUUGAUUAAGAUGGGGGUAUUAUUAUUAUAAUUUUUAGAUUGUUGUGAUCAUAAACAGUUUUUUUGACCAACACUUAUAUACAAGUAACAUAGUCAAUUUUAAGAAUAUGCUGAUUUAUAAUUUAUAAAACUAUCUAUUAUUAGGAGAGAUGAUAUUGCAAAAGACACAUUAAUAGGAACUUUAAAAUAUCAUCAAUCAGAAUAAAAAGUAUUUUGGGAGUAAGAAAGUUGAUUCAAAUACUCAAAUUAGAUAAAAUGUUGAAUUGUUAUCAAGCCUAUACAAAUCCUUAAUAAAGUAGUCAAAGGACCUUUACCAAUUCUUAAGCACUUACUUAAAAUAAGUACCACACCUCCGAAUGUUGGAAUCAAACUUAGUAUUGCAGAAUUUCAUUUCUCUGUAUUUUACAAUUCAGCAAAGCUAUCAUGGUUUAUUAGGAAUUCCCUUGAUAUGUGUAGCAAACAAACCAUAUUUACCAAAAGAGGAAAGUCAUGAAUUCACUCUAAUUUUGGAUAUGGAUGAAACCCUUAUUCAUUUUUUUGAUUAAACCAAAAGUUUCUUGAUUAGGCCAUACACUGAGCAAUUUCUAUAGGAAAUGAGUAAUUACUUUGAAAUUGCAGUGUUUACAGCAGGAUUACCUGAUUAUGCUAAUUGGAUUCUAGAUCAAGUGGACAAAAAUAAGCAUAUUUAAUAUCGUCUCUAUAGAUAACAUGCGAUGUAAUAUCAAAAUCAUUUUGUUAAAGACUUAUCUAGAUUAGGUCGUAGUCUUAAAAAAGUUAUAAUAGUGGAUAAUAUUGCUGAUAAUUUUCAACAUUAGCCUGAGAAUGGCAUCUUUAUUAAGACAUGGUAUAAUGAUCAAGAAGAUAAAGAAUUAUUGGAACUGAGUGUUUUUUUAAAGAAACUAGUAGAAAAUGGAUGCGAGGAUGUGAGAGAGGUUCUUAAACAAUACAAAAGUUAAUAACUACCUAAAAUUUGA